GUUAAAAAUGAACUCGAUUUUUGCAGGUGUUCACAUUUGGUCGUAAUUUAGAGGGUCAGUUGUGUUCGGGGAACACACUGCCACAGAACAUCCCUGUCCCAGUCAGACACCACCACACAACACCCACUAUGGUGACCUCCAGUGAGCUGUGUUCGAUAGUCACGACAGCAGACAACUCAUUCCUCAUCUGGGGCUCUCGACCUGUCAUCAAAUCUCCACUGACAGAAAUACUCGAGCAGAGCUUCACAUCAACAAAGACACCACUCUCUCCACACAGGUCUACCAGUGGAGACAAUCCCGAGACUGUGUUCAUCGAUGACUCAAACUCAGGCCCAGGGACCCCAAACACGAAACGUGUUCCCUCACUAGCUCCAAAAUCCGACCCCUCGCCUUCCAAAGUUUCAGACCCCUCACUGAAUAACGCCCCCUCAUCAUCAUCAGCAGAGGGAGGGUCCCUUGAAAAUAGGAAGAAGUCGUCAAACGACCUUGUUACAAAGGGUUCACCCCAAAGAACGACAUCACGAGAUUCAAUUGGAUCCCUGCCAAAGAUGAUUUGGAACAGCAGUCGAAAUCCAAGUUUUGACUUUACAGAUGUUCCACAUAACCUUGUGGCUUGCUCUGAGUGUGAACAUUAUCAUGGGACGCUGAAUGAGGUGCUCGCAGUGAUACUGGACACAUCCCUGACUGCUGGACCCAGGUAGUAUCCAGCCAGAACCGCAGGGUCACCAGUAGCUCCAGUAUCCACACUAUUAGCAGCGGGAGAGAAGGCUCCAUCAUCAUGCAACCUACCUCCAUGGACCUAGUGGGAAGAUCAGGGAUUCUGAACUUGCUGUCAGUGGAAGGAAUAACUGAGGCUAAAUUAGAGGGGCUCAGUUGCUAUGGGAGCAACGUCCUGGUCCUCAUCCAGGCCCAGGUUGUCAUGGGAACCAGAGGAGAGGGGGAGAGGGGGGAGGGAAAGAAAGGAGUGGAGAACUCAUCGAGAGAGCUUCCCACCUUCAAGAUUGGGAGACGAAUAACUCAGAGAGCACAGUUGAGGAGGGUAUCUCCAUUCCAACCUCCACCCUCCCUCCACUCCUCCCUCCCACCUCCCCUCCAUCCCCCCAUCUUCCUCCCUGCUCGCCCUCCCAAUGUUAACCCUGCGGAAUCCACUGCUGGCGAUUCAAUGGUAGAGACGUGGAUCAGGGAAGUUUAUGAAGAGGCAAAGAGAGAGAAUGAGAGAGACGGGACUCACCAAGAUGGCGUAAAACAGACUGGGACGAAUGAGGCUCCUGAAAACGCCGCCAAGAAUACUCAAACAAGAAAUGAAGCAUGGAGAAACAGUCCGCGGAUAAAGAGCGCUUCUCAAACACUUCUCGAGAGUGGAGCUGGAAGGGUUAAACAAGAAAUCACGGGGGUUAUAUCCCCCAAUCAAGACACAAUAAAGACCCAGAAAAGGUCCUUCACAAGCCACAAAGAACAUUUCUACCAGCGCACAAAAUAAACUGCACCAGGAGAGUAAAGCUGAACCUAACCAGUCUCAUAGACAGCCUCAGAGACAACUGACACCUAAACUAAUUCAACCAGCUGCUUCCACUAGCAGCAUCACUGGAGGAGAGAGAAAGAACCCGUUGAAUGUGAAACGUGUGUCUAGCAGUGGCGAUGUGACCAGAGAGGCAAGACAUGGCCUGCGUGCCAGCACAGCUGCUCCUGGGAGGGGGGCCGGGGGGCUGGGGGGUCCGAAAAUUCAUUCAGGUGUUCCUGGGUCGAGAAGAUUAGGUAAUGCAGGGGGCAGAGGGAAAGGGGGAGUAGAGGAAGGGGGGAAGCCGAAAGAGCAAAGACCAUCUCUCCCAACAGGUGAUAAAAUCAGACUUCCGUCAGCGAGAGGAGAGAAGGGUUUACCGACCCUGCCACCAGAGGUCAGUAGUGGUGGUAGGCCAGGGGUUAAUCGUCAGGGAAACGCAGAUGACAAGCCAUCGCCGGGGAGCCCUAAGACCAAACCAUCAGGAAAGCACCGCUCCCUCGUGGAAUCCUCGCCAUAUGCUGAGCCGGUACCACGGAUUGCUCGUCCAGGUUCCAAGCAACCUGCUCAGGCCAAAUCUCGCUCUCCUUCCAAUGUCAAGAAUAUCAGUGUCUCUGAAAGAAAUCUGCACAGAAAAGCUCAGAGCAAGGAAGUUGAGGAGGAGGUGGGGCCAGCGGUAGAGCAGCAGCUGAAGGAGUCUCAUGAGAGAGAGCAGGAGAUGAAUGCUCACAUACAGAGACUGGAAUCACAACUCGAGAGGCAACAGACUCAGAUUGAGUCCAAUGAGAAUGCCAUGAAAGAGUUGAACCAGAGACUGCUGGGGAUACAGCAGGAGAGAUCUUCAACAGCUGGCAGACAACAGAGACGACGCAGUGCACAACUGUUGGGGUCAUCUCAAGUAAGCCCCAGUAGUGGUUCCACAGACGAGGAUGGAGAGAUCAAACGAGGCAGAAGUCGCUUCUGUUCUGUCAUGUGAUCAGCCUUCAAUAAUAUCAUGUCAUCCUCAAUUUUCUAAAUUUUUCAUCUUCCAUUGAAUAUUGUGCACACAAAUAAUUAUAAGGACAGUAUACAAAAUAAAACUUAAAACUUUUUCUGUUGUUCUAACCAAUUCGCCAGUUCCUCUUCGUUUACGUCGUAAUCAGCCAUUGCUCUAUCUAGAGCCCACCACUUGCCCCAGAAGCCAACAUCCACCACACGUCUCCAUCUGUCCCACCACCUCUUUCGUACAUACUUGCAAGUCAUGUGAUAAUUGUGACACACAGGGGUACCAUCUCUCUCCAUCAUCACCCCAAAGAACCCAAAAUUCUUGUAUUCCAGUUCUUGAACGGAGAGUUUUGCGACUAUAUUCUCGAGGUACUUGGCGGUCUCUUUGUUCCUGACUGACUGGCUGCAGAGAUGGAAUUCGUUGCAGUGCUCCAGUAAGCGGUCCGUAUAGCUAUCGGCGUCGGGUUUAGUCCUCCACGUGACCAGGAAAGAGCUCCCCACGAGAGCAUAAACGAGGGAUUUUAUCGGCUUGGUUUUGACCCCUUGGUACACGUCUUUUGUCACUUCAACGUAAUCCAUAGCUAUGACACGUAACGGCUGGCCCCAUUUAUCUAUCUUUCCUCCGCCUCCUCUCGUAGCAACCGCCAGAAGGCCGCCAAAUCUGCCCGCCAUGAGAGGAACCAAGCAGCUCACCUUUGAACCAUUACACGUGUGUGGUGCGCAGUAAAUGGGGAAGAGGCGCAGCUGGGUAUGGCGGGAAAGUUGAGACUGCACCUGAUCGUGGCUGUAGCUCAAAACCAGGGGAUCGGCUACGAGGGAACUCUCCCGUGGCCUAGAAUAGGGACUGACAUGAAAUUUAUGGCAAAAAAGACGACAGAUACCAUGGAUAGCACCAAGCAGAAUGCAGUGGUAAUGGGCAGGAAGACAUGGGAGUCUAUUCCAGCGAAGAACAGACCUCUCAAGAACAGAUUCAACAUUGUCCUUUCUACCAAGCCCAGCUCUGAGAUACCUGGAGCACACAUGGUGUGUCCCUCACUGUCUGUUGCCAUUAGCAACCUUGAAACUCCGCCCCUCUCUGAUGAUAUUGAGACUGUCUUUGCUUUUGGAGGAUCUUCUGUUUACUCUGAGGUAUUAGGCAGAUCUCUGUGUGACAGGAUCUACACGACUGAAAUACUGGCAGUGUUCCCUGCAGACGUCUUCUUCCCCAAAAUUGAUACCACUGUAUUCAGUGAGAUAGAAGAUCCAAGUGUCCCUAAAGGAAUUCUGGAAGAAAAUGGAGUGAAGUUCAGGUUCAAGGUGUACGAGAGAACGGCUGUGUCAUAUAAUAUUCUUAUUGUGGCGGAAUAAUGUGCUGUCGUCAUGGAUUGUCACGAGAUGCACACACGUACGUGUAUUCAUAUCGUACACACGUAGCAUGACGUUCUGCGACUCGACCAAAAAUAGUGCUGGCGUGUGCCCAGUGACGCGUGUGGGGGUCACUAAUGGAGGCUGGCGACAAGCCAAGAAGGCUAAGUAUUCGUACAGUAGUAGCUAUGGACGGAGAGAUGGGGAUUGGCUACAGAGGCGGGAUGCCGUGGCCCUUCAUGAAAAAAGACUACGAAUUCUUGCAGAGAAUCACCACAGAAACGAAGACGCAAGGUCUGCAGAAUGCAGUGAUAUUCGGCCAAAGGACUUGGGAGUUUCUCAUCAGAGAGGAGGGAAGGAAAUAUGCCAACAGAUUCAAUGUAGUCCUCACCAGCAAACCACCUGGUGAUAUUCCACCAGGAGCAGACCUGGUGUGCACCUCCCUACAGGGAGCUCUGGACAGACUCCAGACUCCUCCCCUCUCUCACCACAUACAACAGGAGGCAAUGCGACACGAGAUGUGUGAUCGACUGUAUGUAACUGUGCUGGACGGAGUAUUCCCUGCCGAUAUUUAUCACCCUCACAUUGACCACACCCUCUUCACAUCUAUUACGUGA